AACUGGAGUGCGCUGCAGCUAGCAUGCAGCAGGCCGUUGAACGAAAAAGAUGGCGGGGAGUUCGAAAGAUGUUCUUGCUAGCUCGUUCAAGAAAAGAUUACAGGAUCUUGACUGUCCCUAUGUAGAUGGUGUAGAUGAGUCUUGGAUUUCAGAGUUGCUCUUUCAUCCUGGUGAAGCAAGGAUCAGGUUGUUACAGUGGCUGUUUUCACGGUUUGACAGCAAGCUCGCAGAAAUGUUGGACAAUCAGUAUGUGCUGAGUGAAACGCAGGUGGAUUCCAGGUUGCAGUGUCUUCUGCAGAUAUCAACCAUGAUGGGGCUCUGCAAGGCAGAUGAAAUCGAUCUAAUGAGGGGAACUUCUUCAUCCAGCAAACUGAUUGCAUUCUGGGAUCAGUUACUAGAUAUCUUGUGCAUAGUGGACACAGCUGACAACCCACAGAAGAGAAGCCUUGCAAGUCCAGGCAUUAUCAGUGAGAGUAUGACUGUGGAAGAGCAGAUGGAUCACGACUGUCAAUACAUCAGCACCUUGGCUGCUCAGCGUGAUCUCAAGGAUUUCUUCUCUACCAAGCUUUAUCUACUUCCCCCAGAUCUGCUGCGAAUGAUAGAAAACUCUCUCAAGGAACAGGGCUUAGAAGGGCACAGGCCAAAGCCACCAGACAGAAGCAAAUUAGAUGAGGAGAUCAGUAAACUGACCAAGGAUGUGCAGGCUUCCGAGGCCCAACUUGGAGCUAUUAAAAAACAGCACGAUUUUCCCCAGAGUGACCAGAAGGCUGUUACUAAAGUGACUCAGACCCUGAAGCUGGUACUGUCAGAGCUAGCUCAGCUGGUAACCAGCUUCUCCUAUUGUUUUGAGAGUGAGAUGAGGCAAUGGUGUAACAAGACCCCACCCCGACUAACUGAUCUAGGACCAGCAGUCAAGAGGGUAUAUUCCCUGCUACAACAAUUUACUACUCUUUUGGAUAGUUUGAGAAGCAUACAGACAUCCUACAUUGGUGUCUGUGACACUGGCCAACACAGCAAAGGUGACACAGAGACAAAAAGAAUUGAAAACCUUAUGUCCGUCAGUCAAGCUGCAUUAGACAGUUUUCAAGAAUGUGUCGGCAUCAUGAACGAGUCCCUACAGAGGUGUGGUGAAGAUUGGGAUGCUAGCACCACCUUGGGAGCCACAUUCCUAAGGUAACUCUCCCCCACCCCAGAACAGAUACCCAGAGGGACAUAAGGAAAGGAAUGGUGGUACCAUUGAAGCAUUGUAGGAAUAGAAGAUCACCUUUGCCAUGGGUCCAUUUCUCUUGGUAAGGUAUUCAAUUUUGCUAAAAGUAGAUUUCAUAUUAAAUGCCUCAUGGGUGAGCUUGUAAAACUUUACAUGAAUUCAUGUCAAACUGUACAUGAACAUUGUAUGAAUAAUUACAUUAAUUAAUGCAUAUAUUUACUAAUGAACAUGCGGUGUUCGUACAUAUGCCCCAAAAGAUAUACAUGUAAAGCUUCAGUAAGUUUCAUGUUGUACUUGUAUAUAUGUACUUGUUCACUGCACAUUUUUUUCUGUAUGUUUUAAAAUGUGCUGAAGUUUAGCCAGCUACAUUUAAUAUUUAAAACUUUGUAAAUGAUUACAGUUGAACCCCAUUGAUAACAGAUUCUUUAGCCUUUGCAAAGUAUUUAGUUUAUUUAUUUACUGUUUUAUUUAAUCGGGGUAGCCUCAUUAGUAAGUCUUACUGCUAUUACUGAGGGCCCUGAAAAAGUACCUUCUUGAAACAGGAAUGAAAAUAGUGCUGAAUAAAGGAUUGAGACCUAAACAUUUUGCUGUUAUACGAAGGAUGUUGUCUUAACAAUGCUUGUAAUAACAAGGGUUGACUGUAUAAUAAAUCUUGGGAAAUUCA